AUUCCGUGCACCGCUUCCUUCGAGCCGGAGAAAUCCCAAUCUCCAAAGCCCUCCCAAAUUCCUUCACAAACAAUUAGCACGCGCUCCGGCUACAACAGCGACACGCCAAUCUGUUGCCAUCGUCGCCGCCUUAUCCGCACAAGAGAGAGACUCGAAGGCUCCCCUCGUCUCCGCUCUCGCCGCCGCCGCCUCGCGAAGUGAGUUUGCAAUUUUGCAGGUUUGCAAUCGGAAAAAGCAGGGAUCUUUACUUGACGGGCUUGCGAUAUAUUGCAAGUUCUUAUGCUUUUCCUUAGAUAAUGAUCUUUUAGGUCAUAGAUAGCCAUAUAUCGGUUUGAUUUCCAAGGGAACUCCAGGCCAUGGACAACUUGUACAAACAACCUUUACCUCCUGGAGUUGAUCCACUGUCGAAUGCAUCAUCAUCCGCUGCUACACCAAAUACGCCAGCUCCUUGUUAUCCUCCACCCUCCAUGUACAAUUGUGAGGGGCACUCGAACAGUUCAGCGAGUCUUUUCCCUGUUAGGCCCUCUAGUAUAUCUUUUCCUUCUCAAAACUUUCACCACUCACAACCCUUUUUCUACAAUGCACCUGGUCCUGCAUCUCUUGCUCAAAGUGUACCAGCACAAACUUGUUUUAGUUCUUCACUUGCCUCUUCAGAACCUCAUGCUGAAAGCAGGAGCUCCACUAUUUCUACAUCUAAUCAAUUUAGUCAAAGUUUACCAGAGUUGACAAAGCAGAGUCCUGGUGCAGAGUCACAAGUCAGAGAUGUAAAUUUGGCACAUCAUGGAGUAGAUGCGGUAGAUAAUCACUCUGUGCCAUCCAGUGCCUCUAAAACCGUUGAACAGGUUCCGUUAAAUAUGUAUGGCGAAGGUUCCAGAAAUAUUGAAACUGCUGCUCAGCAAGCUGUAUUGCUUGAACAAGAAAUCGUUACCCAACAAGUUAUACAAAAUCAGAGACAAGCAAGAGGCACAACUGAACCUUUGGAAGAUAGAAAAGACAUACUUUCUGGGCGAUAUGAUCCCAACUCAUUAAAGGAGCAUUUGUUGAAGAUGACCACUGUUCACCGUGCUGAAAUGGCCAAUAAGCGUGGAAAGUUGGUCCCUCAUGACAAUGCUGUUAUCUCAGGCAAUGUAGAAAUUGGUAAUGGCUAUGGUGUACCAGGCGGCGGUGCUUAUUAUGCUGCAAUGUCCUUUACUGUUCAAUCCAGAAAAACAAGAGAUGAGACUCUUAGUGCGAACUUCACAACAGAGGAUUCAGAACCGGAGGUUGCUCGAAAAGGUUUACCUGAAUAUUUGAAGAAGAGAUUAAAAGCAAGGGGAAUUCUUAAAGAUGACAAAGCUGAUGAUAAUUCCACAACAACUGAGAAUAAUUUGGAGCAUCACCAUCUUCAAGCCAAAAGCAUCUCUGUUUUGCCUGUUGGUUGGGUUGAGGCUAAGGACCCAGCUACUGGAUCUUCAUAUUUCUACAAUGAAAAGACUGGAGAGAGCCAAUGGGAGCAUCCUAGUGCAAAUGGUAGUUGUAAACUUGACUCGUUCCGGCCACCUUUGCCAGAGGAUUGGGUGGAGACCACUGAUGAUUCUACAGGACAAACAUACUACUACAACAGAAAGACAUGCAUCUCGCAGUGGGAGCGGCCUAUUUCAAGUAGCCAUGUCAGUUCAUCAACGAGUGAAAGCAUUGCUACUGAACAUGAAUCUUCCAGAACUGGUGACUUAAAUCAUUUGACGAAAUGUAUGGGAUGUGGUGGAUGGGGACUUGGUGUAGUUCAACCUUGGGGCUAUUGCAAUCACUGCACACGGGUUUAUAAUCUUCCUUUUCAACAAUAUUCAUUACCUUGUUUACAGAGCCAGCAACAGGGAAAAAAUGAAGCUAGCUCAAAAAAACAGUCAGAAAAAGCAGAUUCAAAAAAGAGGUCAAGCAGGCCUCCACUUGGAAAGAGUAAUAGAAGAGAUCACAAAAAACGAGUUUUCUCUGAGGAUGAUGAUUUGGACCCAAUGGAUCCUAGCUCUUAUUCAGACGCUCCACGCGGCGGAUGGGUCGUAGGCCUUAAAGGGGUGCAACCACGAGCAGCAGAUACGACUGCCACUGGUCCUCUCUUCCAGCAGCGCCCCUAUCCUUCUCCUGGUGCUGUCCUGCGGAAGAAUGCUGAAAUAGCUGCGCUGAGCAAGAAGCAGGGUUCUCAUAAUCGCAUGACACCCAUCUCUAAGAGAGGGGAUGGAAGUGAUGGACUCGGUGAUGCAGAUUGAGCUUCCUGUGCUGGGGCUCCGCCAGCUUAUUGAUAUACCAAAGGCACAAAGAAGAAUGUUGCUUGAAAGAGAGAGAAAGCGCACGGUAAAUUCCAGACAGCCAUAUCUAACCCACAAAUCCUGGUCUUGCACCACUUUCUAGUGCGCACUUAAGGGGCUUGUAAAUGGAUUUAGAAAGGAUGCAUUUUAUGGGUUCCCAUCUAGACCGCCUUUUUUUUUUUUUGGUGGAUUCACAAUUUAUAUUACAAGUAUGAAUGCAAGUACGAAAAAUAUUUCUAUUGAGACA